AUGAAUAAUUUAGAUUAAUCGAUUUAAUCGGAAUUCAAUGAAUUCACAGCCCAAUUUUAAUAAUAAGAGAAAGAAAUUAAUAAUCCAGAAUCAUUAUCCUUUUAAAAUAAAUCUUAGUAACUUUAGCCUAAUUCAUCAAUAUAAUUUUAAUCAGCUGAAUAAUUACAAUCAUAUUAAUAAAGCAUUAUUCAUUUUUAAGAAUAGCCUUAAGGUGAAAUACUUGAUACAUCAUAAAAUGAGACAGAACAAUACUUAAAUAUUAGUUUUUAGGAUAUCAUUCAACUUAUUUUUAAUAAUUAAUGUCCUUAGCUGAACAAUGUACUAAAAACAGUAAUUUUAAGAAGUUGUAUAAUAAUAAAUAUAUUUACUAUUCUCAACUUAAUUUUCAUAAUUAAUGAAGUUGUAGCUUUGUAUUUUUCAUUAAUUACAAAAGAUGAAAUAAAAGAGUUAUUUAGUGUUUAUUUUGGAUUCAAUUUAAUAUCUGAUUGUUUGAUGAUAUACAUUAAUUGCUAAUUAAGAUAUAUUAUAAAUGAAGCUGAACAAAUAAAUCAUGGAGAUAUUACUCAUCCAAUUAUUGAAUACUUAAAAUAUACAAUAAAAUUAAACAGUCCAUUUGAAGACAUAAUUGAAGAUGAAGAAUAGAAUUCAUAAGCAUAAUAAGUGGCCAUUAGUAUAUCUUAGAAAAUUACAACAACAAAAUGGAUUUCUUAUUUGCUUGAAAGUUAAAAUUCCUAAAUGUUUGCACUGAAUAGGGUAUUUAUAUUGGUGAAGAUAAUAUUGUUUGCUUGGGGAAAUAUAACUAUAUUGUAAUGGGAAUUUCUAAAUUGGAAUGAUAGGAUAAAUAGCACUGACUAUUUAUAAUCUAUAUUAAUAGUAAUGACCUUAUUUUCAAUGCUCAUAGGUUAUAUGAUAAUAGCUAUGAUAAUCUGUAUAUUAUUAAUAAUAUGUGCUAUAAUUCCUAUAAUAAUAGGAGUAGCUAUAUGGUAAUCAUGCAGUUUGUGUACUGAUCUUUAUGAUGAGUAUAAAUAACAUAGAAUUGAAUAAUAAAGACAAGGAUUUUUAUCAAAUUUAAAUUCACAAAAAUUCUAAGAUUUAAAGAAUUAGGAUAUAAAUAUACAUGAAGAGUGUUCAAUAUGUUUAUAGACUUAUCAAAUUGAUGAUGAUUGUAUUAAAUUACCUUGUAAUGUUGAUGGUGGUAAUAAGAAAAUAAAUCACAUUUUUCAUGAUGAAUGUAUAAGAAUUUGGAUAUAAGAUCAGGGUUCUUGUCCAAUAUGUAGAACUAUAUUUAUUGAAAGACUUGAAAAUUGA